AUGAUUUCAUCUGAUUUGGAUUUGGUUCACAAGUGGGGACAUGCUUAUUCGAUUAUAUCGAUAAUUUCAUUUCCCAAGAAAAAUCUGUUAUUUGCAGGUACACAGGACUCAAAAGUUUUGGUGUUUACGCUUUAUACCUAUGAACUGAUUCAGACUAUCAAAUUGGGUGGAGAUUAUGAGACUAAUACUCGUUCAAGUGUUCUGUGUCUUGAGAGAUCAAUUGACGAAAACUACUUAUUCUCUGCUGGUGCUGAUUCUUUGGUGAGAAUUUGGUCCGUUUAUAACACUGAUGAGACCAGAGGUGCUGUGCAGAUCGAAGAGGUAGCUACGGUUUAUUCGGUGACUGAUAUUGGUGAUAUUUUUUCCCUCACUUAUCUUGACUCAUUACAGACACUUGUUUUUGGAUGUCAAAAUGCUAGCAUGAUGUACCUGGAUAACGUUUUUGACAGGUUACUUUACGACCAAACUGAAUCGCCUUGCGAUAUCAAUAGAUUACCGCAUAGAAGAUACGAUAAGUUCUUCGACUCAUCGGGUCCAACCGGGCAACCAGAAAAUCGACAAUUAGCCCAGGAUGAAUUUCACAAGUCCGCAUUACAAGAUGGUGCCAUGAAUCGUAUUCUGGAAAUUCCAUCUGAAAAUAUAAUAAAUUAUGCACACAACGGUUUCAUUUACAGCAUUUGCAAACUCUGCUUGAAAUGCAGUAGUUUCUUGAGUAAUAACAAGACAAACGAACUCAAUCAUACCCAUUUACACGAAUAUGAACCGAAAUCCACUUGUUCUGAGCAAUCAGAGAUCUCAGAGUGCAUUAUAACAGGAGGAGGAGACGGUAUCAGUAAAUUAUGGCUCUUUACAAAGAAUGGUCGUGGCGUUGUCUCCAUUGUCUCAAUGGGAACCAAUUUGAGUAAUGAAGAAACUGUACUGGCGCAAGCAACAGAUUUCCCCUUCCUAUACUGUGGUUUGUCUGAGGGUACAGUCAAGAUUUGGGAUUUAACGACUAAGCAAUUGAUCUCUACUCUGCACACACCGGAAAGGUCAGAUAUUAUUUCAGUCUCAGUUUACCAGGAUCAUAUCUUUGCAAUUAAUGAAGGUGGUAUUACUUUGUUCCAUGAGAAAGAAGUCAUCCAUUGGAACCAGCACCAGGGAAAGAUGUUAAGUUCUGACGUCUUUGAGCGGCACGUUGAUCAAUCCGAGACUCAAAUGAGCUUACUGACUGGAGGUAAUGAUGGAUCUUUAUCUCUAUGGGACUUAUCCAGUGUGUUACACUUGUCUCUGAAUGAAAUCAAGACCCAAAACAUGGAGUUUCAGCGUCGUAAAUCGAUUGCUACUGCUCGUGGUCAUUCAGUAAAACCGGACACUGAGGAAAUGUUGGAAACCUUGCGAGUGUUGAUAGCCAUACAAUCGGUUUCACAGACUCCAGAUACCGUGGAACAAUUGGCUUCAAGACGUUGUGCCACAUACUUACAAAAACUACUGUCAAAAUUAGGUGCUAGUAGGGCCCACUGCUUCCCGCUCGAGUCUGGUCAUAAUCCAGUUGUUUAUGCAUCUUUCAAAGGUACCGGCGAAAACAAGAAAAGGAUUCUAUGGUAUGGCCAUUAUGAUGUGAUUCCAGCCGCCGAUAUAAAUCGUUGGACUUCCGAUCCAUUUACUUUGACUUGUGAGAAUGGUUACAUGAAAGGUCGUGGCGUUAGUGAUAAUAAAGGCCCUCUUGUAGCGGCAAUGCAUAGCGUAGCUACACUUCUAAAAAAUGGAGAACUUUACAACGAUGUCGUUUUCAUCAUUGAGGGAAGUGAAGAAAUAGGUUCCCCCGGUCUUGACGUUGUUUGUGAGCAAAACCGUAAUCUCAUCGGUGAUAUAGACUGGAUCUUUCUGAGUAACUCGACUUGGGUCGACCAAGACCAUCCAUGUUUAAACUACGGUCUUAGAGGUGUGAUUAAUGCUAAGGUAACGGUAUGGAGUGACGAGCCAGAUAGGCAUUCAGGUGUAGAUGGCGGUAUGCAUAAGGAAACCACAGCUGACUUGUUCAGCGUGAUAUCCAAGCUACAGGAUGACAGAGGCAAAGUAUUGAUACCCAACUUUAAUACUCCAACUAAAAAAAUCAGUCCUGAAGACUACAAAAGACUAGAGGAAAUUGUCGAACUCACCGAGUUUGGCAAGAAUAUUACUGUUGAAGAACUAAUAAAGAAUUGGACCAAACCGUCGUUAUCCGUCACGACAAUGGCCAUGAGUGGCCCAGGUAAUCUAACUGUCAUCCCAAAGUCAGCCACGGUCGGCCUCUCGAUUAGACUUGUGCCUGAACAAGGUGUCGAGAAGGUGAAAUCUGCCUUGAUAGGCCACAUCGAGGACUGCUUCCAAAGACUCUCCUCUCCGAAUCACCUUGAAAUAUCCAUUGAGAACAGUGCUGAAGCCUGGCUCGGCGACCCAACUAACCAAGCAUACCAGAUUCUAAGAAAGCAGAUGACGGCUACAUGGGGAACAGAGCCACUAUUUGUUAAAGAAGGUGGAUCUGUGCCCUGUGUGAGGACGCUAGAAAGAAUCUUCAACGCUCCAGCUGUCCAAAUACCUUGCGGCCAGUCCACGGACAAUGGUCACCUCGAUAACGAGAAUCUGAGAAUUAAGAAUUGGUCUAACAUGGCAGAAGUAAUCUGUAACGUCUUUAGAAGGCUUCAAUGA